GUGUAGUCCAGGGUAUACGCUGGUAUACGGCGUAUACCUACUUAUUUUUCAGUCAGCAUUGCGUAUACCCACUUCUAAAUCCCCCCUGAUGCGCAUCAUUCAGUAAUAUCUGUGAGUCAGAUUGCCUAUUUUCUUCCUCGGGGAUAGUGAAGCCAUGACCCACCCUCCUCUGCCUCUAAUUGGCUGGUACUCGCUGCUUUCACUGAUUAGAUUGGUUAACUUUAGGCAUGAGGACUGAUGAGCCAAUCAGAGGCAGAGUAGGGCGGGUCAUGCCGAGGAAAAUAUCGCUAAUACCUCAGGUGCCAGUGAAAAAAAAAAAAAAAAAAACUCAGGUGCCGGUGCCACUUGACUACGAUAACGGCAGCAGACCAAACAACGGAUGAAGAAAGGACACAAGCGGCGGUGUGCCACCCCAGUUGAUGGAAGACAUCAUUCUGAGGGACAGGUAACCAUGAAAAGGAAGGGAGAUAUUGCAGACUUUUUUGUAAAGAGGCACAAAUCAGGCCCAGAUCAGGCCCAGGCAGACCCCACCCCUAAAACCAGCAGCCCUGGCAGCUCUCAACCGGGAGCUAGCCAGGCAAGUCAGUGUGAGCAUAGAGAAGGAUCCAGUCUACCACCACCAGACAUCAAUAAUGACUGGCCAGACCUGUGGAGUGCUAAACAAACAGAAGACUUCAAAUCCAAGAACCCCUGGUUGGGAUCCAAAAACAAAAAAUUGGGAUGUCUGGUCUGUAGCAGUGUGAACUCCAUUGGGAUCGACAAGGAGCAAGGACAAGGUGUAUCGCUCUCAAGAGAAUGGAUGAACUUUGAAAUUCAAGUGUCUGGCCAGGGAAGUAGAACAACAAGUUUGUCAAUCUUGAGAAAUAAGGUGAGGAAACAUGCGUUGUCCAAGGCCCACACUCAGGCUGUGAAGGUGGCAGAGCAACAGAAAGAAGCUGCCAUUGAGAAUGCAGUGGAGACUAUGACUGAGUCCUACAUGAAGGAAACUGAAGCUGUGUUUCGAACAGCCUACCAUCUGGCCAAAAAGAACCGACCCUUUUCUGACCAUGAGAGCCUCAUUGAGCUGCAGGAACUGAAUGGUGUAAAAAUGGGCUCAAUACUUCAUUCACGUUACAGUGCAACACAAAUAAUACAACAUGUUGCUAGUGAGAUGCAGAGCAAAAUCAUCAGUAGCAUUAUAGCAUCAUCCAGUAAGUUAGCUGUCCUAAUUGACGAGGCAUCUUCUUUAAGUCACAAAGCUGUCAUGACAGUUUCUAUUAAAGCAUCAAUUCAAGAAGAAAGCCCUGAGUUCAUAUUCCUGGAACUUGUUGAACUGGAAAAUCAGAGAGCAGAUGGCAUAUUACAGGCGUUACUCACCUGUUUAACUAAUGCUGGCUUUACAGAAGAGUGGCUUCAUGAAAACUGGGUAACAUUUGUAUCUGAUGGAGCCAGUGUCAUGCUAGGAAAGAAGUCAGGAGUAGCAACCAGACUGACUUUGAGAUUCCCAAAGCUUUUUGUAUGGCACUGCAUGAACCAUAGACUUGAACUUGCUGUGUCAGAUGCAGUUGAUGAGGUAAACUCUGUCAAUCACUUUAAAACUUUUAUCCAGAAGCUAUACUCUCUGUAUAGUGUGUCAAACAAAAAUGAACGUGAACUUGUUAAUGCAGCAGCUGAAGUAGGCUCACAACUUCUUCGCAUUGGCAGAAUCUUGGAUGUACGCUGGGUGGCCAGUAGCUUUCGGACUGUUCGUGCUGUUUGGACAUCCCUGGGAGCUCUUGUGCAGCACUUUAAAAAUGCUUGCAGUGAUGAGAUGAGGUCCACCAAAGAGAGGCAGAUGUACAGAGGUUUGUUAGACCGUGUUCAAAGUCCAGAAUUCAUUUGUGACCUUGGCCUCAUGUACGACACUCUCCAUGAACUAAGUCUCCUGUCACAGGAGCUUCAGUCUCGUUCUAUAACGCUCCUCAGAGCAGAGCAUCUGCUGAAACGCUCAAUCAGAGUGAUCCAGUCAUUCAAAGAGAGUCCAGGUGAGAAAUAUAGUGAGGCUUUAGAAGCAAAACAGACUGGGGAGUAUCGGUCUAUAGCCCUGAAAACAAAUGCAAAGCUGAAGUCUAUCAAUCCAGGCCAGUUCUUACAAAGCCUUGUGAACAAUCUGGAGAAACGCUUUGUCUUUUGA